AUGAAUGACGGCAUGUGUAAUAAAUUCUUUGCUUUAAGGAACUGGUUUCCCGAUCAAUUGAGCAGGGAUGGAAAUUAUCAAUUUAAAAGUUAUAAUAACCAUAGCUUUUGUACUAAUAUAAACUGUGAAACUGAUAUCGAUAAAAUUAAUGCUGGAUGUUUAUGGUUGUUCAAAGCAAUUUUUUUUGAUUCUUAUUCGUUCAAGACAUAUGCAAAAAAUAAUAUCAAUAUGGUUGAAUACAUUAUGAUAUGGUUAAGUUAUAUUUUAAGCCUAAAGAAAGAUAAUAGCAUCAAAAAUCUAAAAGAAUUUUAUGAUCAAUAUAUAAGUAAUGAUAAGGAGUAUACUAGUCCUAUAUCUGGUGUUGAAGCUUAUUAUAGUAGUUAUAAGGAUCUUAUGGAUAAAAAAAAUGGUUUGAUGAGUAUUGGUAUUAAAGAUAUAUCUAAAUUUUAUGAUGCAUUUAAAUUAUUAUGUGAAAUUUGUACUGAAAUUGAUGCAAGCACUUCAAAUUGCUCAAACUAUUUACAAAAAGCCAAAGAAUUUGCUAAAAAAUAUGAUGAUCUUAAUGAAAAUUAUAAUAACACUAAAGGCAGUCCCUAUAAUCAAGUAUUGUCUACAUUAUCAAAUGAUUAUAAUAAUAUAAAAAAUAAAUGUAAUCAUUUUCCAUCACUUCCAACUUUUUCACGAAGAUCAGUAAUAAAAAAUACACUAAUUUCAAUUACAUUUAUAUUUGUUGCAAUAUCAAUUUGUUUGGGAAUUGCUUAUAAGUAUUCGUUAUUUGGAUUUCGGAAACGAUUUCAAAAACAAAAAUUAAGAGAAAAGCUAAAAAAUGUAAAGAAGAGAAUGAAUCAUUAA